AUGAGCAAAGUUAUGGAGCCGCUUUCGAAUACCACCUUUUAUGGCUCAAAUCUAGUGACUAAUUCUAAUGCAGAGCAGUUAGCUUUGUGCACGAAAAAGAACGUUCACCAACAGGAGCCUGAGAAAUUGCAAGCCCUGGAUCAACAACAACAGCAGCAGCAACAACAACAACAGCAGCAACAACAAUCAACAUGCACCACUAAACAACAGAACUCCCAAAUUCUAAAACAGACAAGUACUCCCAAUGGUGGGGAGACUCCAUUGUCUCAUUUGUUUCAGUCAACGUCUCAGAACAAGAAUAGAGGACCUCAAAAUUACCUAAUGGACUAUUCUAACUAUUAUUCUAUUCAAGCAGGAUAUCCAGCGACACAGAAUGCAGAGUUCUUAAACUCAGCCUCUUCAGUGUCCUCCAUCGUCCACAAUGCAUACCCCGAUUAUCAAAGUGGCUUCAAUCGGGCGGUCAGUCCCAUAGCACAGACAACCAAUCAAGAGUCGCCAUUGAAACAACAACAACAAUACGUACCCUCGCAGACUCAAUACAACCAACCAAUCUAUUCACUGCAAAGUCCCUAUCUGAUAUUUCAACAGCAAGAUUUUUAUGCAGCAAAUUUAGGAAACAGGCCACGAAGUAAUCAGCAGCAGACCUACGCUACAAAGAAUGGACACCAGACGCUCAAUUCUACUUCACUGCAAAUAAUGUACCAGGGAGAGAAGAAUGGGUUGGAAAAUGAUGAGAACGAGAUGCGACUCCACCAAAAUCCUCAGCAACUACUACAACUACAACUACAACAACAACAACAGCAGCAGCAGCAGCUGCUGCAACACCAGCCACAGCCACAACAACAACUGUUAAACCAGGCAUUCAUGAAUCCUAGUCCUAUGCUGUACGCACAAGCCACUCUUCCCCAGUCAUCUUUACCGUACACUUCACCAUCGAUUCUGCUGACAUAUUAUCAAGGUUACGCGGCACAAAGGCAGUACCAACAACCGGUGGCUAAGCCAAAACCAUCAGUGGCUGGGCUGGCACGGAAUCAACUGGUGUCGUCUACCCUUACAAAUAAGUCCAGAAACUCAUCAACAUUUUCGAGCAAUGAAGAACAUUCUAGGGCAACUUCCAUUAGCAGCUGCAUACCACAAACGGAACCGGAACCACAUAUUGUCAAGCCCCGCAUUGCUACUUAUUGUUGGCAAGAAGAGAACACAAACUGUUAUCAAGUACGAAUCAAUAAGAUUUUGGUAUCACGAAGAGAAGACAAUAAUUAUAUAAAUUGUACCAAAUUGCUCAAUGUCACCAAGAUGACGCGAGGCAAGAGAGAUGGCAUAUUGAAAACCGAAAAGGUUAAGGAUGUUGUUAAAGUUGGUACAAUGAACUUAAAAGGGGUUUGGAUCCCAUUUGAUCGUGCAUAUGAAAUUGCUCGCAAUGAGGGUAUCGAUGAACUCUUACAUCCAUUGUUUGUGAGGAAUAUCAAGGAAUAUUUUCUUACUGGAGGACACAAGCUAAAGAGUGAAGAAGAAGACGCGGAAGAAAUUGAAAACCUGCGCACAACCAAAAUUGAGGGUAAAUCAAAUCUUGAAGUAUUGGAUGAAUCAAAUAGUAGCUACAACAAGAGUGCAAGCUGUCCCACAGGUGAAUAUGCUACUUCCUUGUCCUCAAAUGAUUCAAACUAG